AUGGCACAGCAAUUCCCAUACACCUAUUACGCCUGUUGCAUCAACGCAUCUUCAUCAGCUUCACUAGUACAGAAACGCUCGUCCCACACAACGACAGCAGACGAAGAAGACGAGGACCGUACCUUCGACCCGCGCUCACCGCGCGCAAACUAUUCCCUGUACCCGCUCGAGCAUCUCCUCUACUGCGACGACUGCCAACAGAUCCGCUGUCCGCGAUGCUAUACGGAGGAGAUAGUGGCUUGGUACUGCCCGAGCUGUCUGUUUGAUGUGCCAAAUACUCAGGUCCGGACUGAAGGGAACAGGUGCCAGAGGAAUUGUUACAACUGUCCGAUAUGCACGUCGCCACUUCAAGUUAAUCCAUUGGAACACUCGAGCCACCUUGCGCCGGAGAGUUCAAACGGCGCGUCAUACUUUCUGGGUUGUCCAUACUGCAACUGGAGCUCCCUAGACAUUGGAGUCGAGUUCGCGAAGCAUACCGGUAUCACAGCUCAGCUCGCGAAGCUCAAGACCGCCAGACAGAGCCAAGCAAAAAAAGAGCGAGAAGAACGAGCAGAGAACACGGACAGCAACGAUAAUAACGCCUUAAACGAACGUCCAACCCGCGACGACCUCUUCAGCAACCUCAAAUCCUUCUACAAAGACGCUCUCUCCUCCGCCAACCCCGUCAACCCCCUCAGCUUCGAUCCGACCCUCUACAACUCGCCCCCCUCCGUCACGCGCCUCAUGAAUCUCUACGCCCCUCCCAGCGUCAAACGCGCCAAAGCCGCCAAACCAACCCCCAUGCGUGAAGCGCACAGCACCUCCGAAGGUCUGCUCCCCCUCUCGCCCGUCGACGAAGACAUGAGCAUCGCGCGCAUGGCGCAGGCCGGGUGGGACAGCCUCAGCAGCACCGCUCAGCGCUCGCAGCAACAACAUCCAACGACCAAGUUCGUGCAGGACCUCUGGCCCGCACAGACGCGCCUCCUCACACGCCGCGCAAAACGCUGCGCAACAUGCCGGCACAUCCUCACAAAGCCAGACUCCAAGAUUAGCUCCACACGGUACCGGAUCCGCAUCCUCGCGCUCGACAAAGUACCGCGCCUCUCUAUCCGCGCCCUAUCCGCCCUACAUACGCCGCACCCGUCCUUCCCUAUCAGCGUCUCCAGCACCGCCGCCACCGCCCCGCGCUUCGAGUACGAGAACCUACGGCCGGGCGUAAUGGUGCAGUUUCUAUUGACGCUGCACAACCCGCUCUUCGAGCCGAUAAGGGUGACGCUCGGCACCCCGGCCGUGACGCCGGGGAAGCUGGCGAGCAGGGUGACGGUGCUGUGUCCACAGUUCGAGGUCGGUGCCAACACCGACGUGUGGGACGAGGCGCUCAACUCCUCCACCACUCUCAGCAGCAAGGGCAAGAUGCAGCCCGGCGACGGCCCUGUGCAGGCCGAAGCGGGAAAAGUGUGGGAACGCGGGCGGAACUGGACCAGUGUUGUGGUCGAGAUCGUUCCCGGGUUCCCGGGCGGGGCGCCGACCGGAAUCGUGCCGAGGACGGCUGAGGAGGAGGAGGAGCUUGAUGAGGAGGAUACGGUGGUCGAGGUCCCGGUGUUUGUUAGGUUUGAGUAUGAGUAUGAGCAUCCUGAUGCUGCUGUGUUUGAGAAGAUGAGGGAGGAGGAAGGGGCGAGGGUGAAGGAGGUGCCGGAGAUGGGGAGGCAGACGAGGGAGGUGGCGUUUUGGACUGUGUUGGGGGUAGGGAGGGUGGCUGGUAGGUGA